AUGAAGAAGCUCUUUUCUUGUUGCCCUGCACUUGAAGAUUUGAUUAUAGAUGGAAAUGUUGAGAAAAUCCCCGGAGACGCUGAUUCGGUCUUCAGUUUAAAUGUUUCUGCACCCAAACUAAAAAUACUACAAAUAAGUUUGAUGGGCAGUUGGAUGAGGAAUGUUUCUAUCACAGUCAAUGCUCCACAGCUUGAAACGUUGGAUCUCAUGGAGAAUUUUUUCGCCACCUAUUCUUUGAAGAAUGCAAAAACCCUAAGCAAAGCCAAGGUUGAUGUCCAAGUGUAUAGGAGAUAUCACGCUGAUCCUGGCAUUGAUUAUGCUCAUCGCACGCAUAGGCUUUUUUCAGGAAUUAUCAAUGUUAAAUCUCUGUCUCUUGCAGCUCCCAUUUUGACAAAUCCUUGCCUCGACUUUCAAGGUCCGCUGCCUAAGUUCUAUCAUUUGAACCACUUGGAGGUACGUCUUAAAACCUGCUCCUCCUGGAAAUCACUGACAAAGUUGUUCGAGAUAUCACCCAAUCUGGAGAGUCUUGUCUUUGAAAAUAACAUCAAGUGUCAUGCCGAUCAUGACAAGAAUGAUCAAUGGUGUCAACCAGAGACUGUGCCUAUUUGUUUGUUCUCAAGCCUCAAGACCGUUCAGCAUGACAAGAAUGAUCAAUGGUGUCAACCAGAGACUGUGCCUAUGUGUUUGUUCUCAAGCCUCACUGUUUGCGUACGGGAUUCAGAUGGCAGUCAGAUGAGAUGGAAGCCGUGA